GCUUUGCUCGAGGAAAGAGACUGCGUGUGACGUCACUUCCGGGCCUUUUCUUUUGCAAGUUUGGCGGGCGCACGUGUUGCCCCCCGAAUAAUUUUUGCAGUCUCAGCCGCCCUUCGCCUGGCCGGGUUGCUAUGAGUUUGCCUCUCAAUCCAAAGCCAUUUCUAAAUGGGCUAACUGGGAAGCCAGUAAUGGUGAAAUUGAAGUGGGGAAUGGAAUACAAGGGCUAUCUUGUAUCGGUUGAUGGCUACAUGAAUAUGCAGCUUGCCAAUACCGAAGAAUAUAUUGAUGGUGCAUUGUCGGGACAUCUUGGUGAAGUUCUGAUAAGGUGCAACAAUGUCCUAUACAUAAGGGGUGUAGAAGAAGAAGAAGAAGAUGGAGAAAUGAGAGAAUAAUGUUGGAAAAUCUUGUGUUUUUUAAUGUGUAAAAUAUAUAUAUUCAGUUGUCGCUUUUGAAGAAAAUUCAAGUUUUGUAACUACAUUUUGGGGUGCAGAAAAAUACAUUAAGCUGAAAGAAACAGUCAACAUGAAAGAUGAACCACAAAUUAAAAACUGGGAUUAUUUAGCCUUAAUACAAAUAUUUUAAAGCAAAUGGGAUCAGAUGUAUUCCAUCACCAUUUACUUUAUAUGACUAGGUGCAAGAUAUAAAACUAGUACAAAAAUACACUUUACAAAAAAACCUCAAGUAAAGUAGUAGUCAUCUUCACUUCUUGUAGUUGCAUCUAUAGCUUGUUCUGCUUCGUGCUUAGUCAUUGGAGGCUGUGAGCGGUACACCAGUUUUCUUCCCAUCUAAAACAAAGACGAAAAAAUAAAAUCCGUAUAUGCAUGGACUUUUAAAAUCAGCCUUAGUUUUCCUGUUAAACUUCCCAUACAUAGCCUUUCACUUAUAUUUUAUACAAAUGUGGAAACACUUGAAAUGGAUGCCUGUAGGUAGAUCUAUUUAGAACAAAACACACAUUUCAAAGUUGCUUAGCUUGGAGUGGGGGUGGAGGGGGAAGUGAAGGCUUUUUUUGUCGGAGAAUCCAGUAGUCACAUCACUGGACAUCUUCCACCACUGUCUUUGAAUUUGUCACACCUGACCCUUAAUGUACAUUUAAAUACUUUGCAGGAAAGAGUUUUGGCAAUGUUUGUAUAAAUACUUUCAUUUUUGUGACAUUACUGAAAACAUUAAUUGAAGAUAGUCAUGACUAACGUGGGCCCGUUAAUAUGGAUAUAUAUCUUAAGGCUAGAUGUUGUUAAAUAUCCUACUUUGAUCGAAAUUAUGGCUGGAAUUGCUCUAGAAACUAGGUGUCUACACAUUUUGUUACAGACUUUAUGAUGAAGAAACUAUUAAAAAGUUUUGUUAGA